CUUCUCUCUGUGCUCUCCCUUUGCCAUAUUUCCGUACUCGUUUUCCUCACUCCGCCGAUGGACAUUCAAAAUUCCUCUUAUUCCUCUUCCACCUCCGACUCCUCUUCCUCCGAUUCCUCUCACUCCGGCAAGCCCUCGCCGGUUAACUCCGCCGUCCCUGAUAAAAUCAAAGGCCCAUGGAGCGCCGAAGAGGAUCGGGUCCUGACCCGACUUGUCGAGCGCUAUGGCCCUAGAAAUUGGUCUUUAAUUAGUAGAUACGUAAAGGGCCGCUCUGGAAAAUCCUGCCGGCUCCGUUGGUGUAACCAGCUCUGUCCCGGCGUCGAGCACCACCCUUUCUCCCAGGCGGAGGAUGACGCCAUCAUCGCUGCCCAUGCCCGCUACGGCAACCGGUGGGCCACCAUUGCUCGCCUCCUCCCUGGGCGAACCGAUAAUGCCGUCAAAAACCACUGGAAUUCCACUCUCAAACGCCGAGUCAGAAACGACAGAAAAUCCGCCGGUAAUCGCACUUCGGACGUGGGUGGGGGUUCGUUGGUGGGCGUCAAUGACGACCCAUUGACCGAGCUAACUCUGGCCACUCCGGGAAUGGAUGCGGGAGGUGACGUGGCGGUGGAGUCCGACAGCAGGAGGGAGAGUAUGCCGGCGGGAUUCUGGGAAGCGAUGAGGGGCGUUGUAGCGAGGGAGGUGAGAGAGUACAUGACGACGACGUUUUCGGAAAAUCCGGGAUUUCAUUAAAAAUGAAAGGGGCUAAUAUGUAAAUGUGGAAUUUAUGGAUUUAAUAAUGUUUGGUUAAAUUCUAAAUUUAUGUGGAAUUAGUGGAAAUUAGAAAUGAAGAAAAAGGGGGAGGGAUUAGGGAUUAGGGAUCAAAAUUCCCGGCGGCUCUUUUCGAAAAGCCGAGCCGUGUGCUCCACAGCCUGUCAUCAACGCAAAUGGUCACUAUUUAUUCUUUGCUCAUUAGGCUUAGAAUAGGAAAAAUCUUUUUUUUUUUUUUUUUUU